AUGCGUGUCUCUCUUGCUGUGUUGGCUGCCUCUUUGGCAAGCAAUCAACACAAUGCCAUCUUAGUUUCUGCCUUUCAACCUCCUACAGACCUCAAUCACCAGCAUCCUCCUAAUACAGAACAACAGCAACAAGAUCCAAACCACCCUCGUCAGAGCACACGAUUGAAUGAUGCUUCCGCGAUGCCUUAUGAUGCUUCUGCGGUGCCUUAUCUGAGCAAUUGGAAGCUUUUACCAGAGGGAAAUAUUCAAGGUGUUAUCUUUGGUCACCCCGUCCUAGAAAACGGCGAUGUGGUGACAACUUCCCAAAUUAAGGAUUUGAAGAACCCUUCAGAAAACCAAAUAAUACAAACUGAAUCGGGAAGCCACUACCUGCUUCGGGACCGAGAUGUCGAUGAGACACGAAAUAAUUUCAACCACAAGGUCGCCGGGCCUCUACUGGGUGGUGCUGUCUUUGCAGCUGGUGCAGUAGGUCUGGUAAUGGACGGAGAAAGCGCUAGAUUUGAUACAGCUGCUCCCGCCCAAGCCUUCAAGGAAAUGUCGGCAGUGUCGAUCAAGCAAUUCCAAAAUUCCGCACAAUCCGUUGAGGAAUCCAUCGACUUGCCAUACCUUGCCAGCAAGGUCUCCGAAGCAGAAAAGCAAUUCCAGGCCGCCCGCGAAAACAUGUUCCAGAAUUCUGCACAAUCCCUGGGGGAAUCCAUCAACCUGCCAUACCUUGCCAGCCAGGUUACCGAGGCAGAAAAGCAAUUUCAGGCCGCCCGCGAAAACAUGUUCAAACAAAAAGGUCCCGAGUCCAAUGCGGCUGCCGCCAGCGUAGUUGCCAAACAACAAGAUACUCAAAAGUUUGAACAAGCCCUUUCGGUGGCUGCCGAGAAGGUUGCCGUUGAAAAGGCCGCUCUUACUGAAAAGGUUGCCUGGGAAAAAUUUGUUCAGAACGAAAUUGCCAAAGAAAAAGCCGAUACUGAAGUCAUAAGUAGCGCUUCCAGUGCAGCAGCCAAAGCCUUGUCCGAAAACAAAUUUGACGAAGCCAAAGCUGCUUUUGAAAAGGCCCAGAUGGCGAGAGCGGAUCUAAAGGAAUUGCAAGCCGAACGUGAAUCUGCCACUCUAGCCGAAGAGAAUGCAGAAGCAGAAGAAAUGUUUGCGGAACAAGAUGUGAUGAAGAUCAUUAGAGAGAUCAGGCAAAUGGCCACCAUGUACACUGCCAAGGCUGCUAGUUUGAAACCAGCCGAUGCUUUGUAUUAUCUUGAAGAGCUGAAAAUCAAUCCCAAACUUGCCGAAUACAUGAGUACUGAAGAGCGACAAGUUGCUCUUGGUGCUCUUGCUGCAGCCGCGGCUACAGGAACAGCCUUGGCUGGAAGUUCCUUUGCAUCUGGAAAGAAGGAAGACGAAAAGGAAGUAACUUCUACUUCUCCUAUGGAAUCUAGCACCACCACAAAAAAGAUGACAACACCCCCAAAGCAAGCAACUUCUGCGUCUCCAGUGGCAUCUAGUAGCACCAAAAAGAAAGCACCAGAGCCCGCUCGUGCGCAAUCUGCUCCCGCCGUCGUCGCUGCCAAGUCGACUGCCACACACGCUGCCAGCGCUGCGUCAAGCACAGCUGCAUCGAGCACAGCUGCGACCAAGUCCACCUGGGGAAGCUACCUUGAUGUAUUGGGUUCUUAUGGCUGUGGAUCUUCAGUUGUUCCAUCCUCUUACUCUCCAUUCGGAAAGAAGUCUACCGGAAUGACGUCACAUACUAGUUUGUAUGGACCUCCGAUUGCUGAGCAUGCAUCCCCCGUAGCUGCAGCACCGACACACACGACAGCUGCAGCAACAGCGGCAACAACAACUACAACGCGAUCACCAACCGCACAUGCGCCAGCACAGGAGAAACCACGCAGCAGUGGAAACUCGGGAUAUUUGGACGCCCUAUCUGGCCCACCUGGUGCCGCAGUCAUGACCUCCUACUCUCCCUUUGCACCCAAAAAGUCUCAGGUUUCCCCCCCAACGAAGCCGGAUAUUCCAGAAAAGCCGGACAUUCCCGCCCACAUUCGACUGGCCUACAAGGAAUGGUGCGAAUACUACGGAAAGAAAAAUGAGGAGUUUCGAUUGGAAGUAUUUGCCCAGAACUUUGCCGACGCCAAGGAAUUUUACAAGGAAUCUGGACGAGCUCUUCUCUUGAAUGAAUAUGCCGAUUUGACGGCCAAAGAAUACCAGCUGUUGCCCAAGACUGCCUAG